AUGGCACCAUGUCUUGAAUGUGGACAUCUUGUGCCAAUGAACACACCCACUUGCAUCGUGUGCGAGUCGCCAAUAGCUCCACAGCUGCAGCCCCAAACCAACAUCUGUGUAAAGGGCAAAGUAAUUUGUCAGGCGUGUGGCACAGGAAAUCCUCUUCACCAUAAACACUGUGUGACUUGUGAAAGCAAACUGCCUGAAAUACAGAUGCCCAUGUUUGGAGGAGACACCCCUCUGCCAUACCACAGCCAGCAAAGGAAGACAGUUGUGUGCUCAAAAUGCAAUCGUGUUAACCAAUGCGAUGCCCGUUUCUGUGACUGGUGUGGAGCCAAGCCUGGACCUCCUCCAUCCUACUUCACUUGUUUCAAGUGUGGUACAAGCAACCGUCCAUAUGCUCGCUUCUGUGUGUCCUGCGGUGUUUACAUAGAGCCCCCAUCAAGGGUGGGUUCUCAAAACGGGAGUCUUGUGGAUGCCAGGGACUCACUGGAGUUUUCUGAGGUUAAACGAUUUCAAGCUCAAGUUGACUGGCAGCCUCUUCCUAUUUACUUGCCCAGAUCAAGGGCAGAACUAAAAGAAAGAGAAGAUAAAGGAACCCAAACCAUUGGACUUUUUUACCCAUCUAGCAAACUGUUGGAAAAAAGGGAGCUUGAGCUGAUUUCACAGAAAGAAAAGCUGGAAAAGAUGAGUGAUCAUAAGCCUCUCUUGACAGCCAUUAGUCCUGGAAAAGGUUACUGGAGAAAACAGCUGGAUCAUGUCUGUGCUCACCUUAGAAGCUAUGCUCAGAACAACCUUGAAUUCAGAGCACUGAUUGGAGAACCACAAAUGGGAAAGAUUAAUUCUGCAACCAUCUGUGAGGAUGACAAUGAAGUCACUAUUACAUUGAAUUACACUCUUGCUAUUAACAAGGAUAUUCACACUAAUAAACCAGUGGAGUUCAGCAGUCAUUACCUGAAUACUGGAACAGAAGUCAGAGAUGGACAGGAUGGCAGUCAGACUAGUUUUGGCAAAGAUGAACAUAAUCUUUUCCAUUCAAGAGGCAAAACAAAGAGAACAAAAUCAAGAAGACUUACAGAAAAAGAAGAUAAGCUCUCCCCAGGGUCCAAACAACUACUGGAUGAACUGGGUCCAAAUGGGAAAGGAAGAGUCACCUUGGUAGAACAAUUGCUCAACGAAGGAGCUGACCCAAACUGCAUCAGCGAUGAGGACCGACCUGCUCUCACAGUUGCUGUCCUUAACAAGCACGCGGAGGCAAUCUCCCUUCUUGUGCAGAAAGGUGCUGACAUCGACCAGCAGUCAGGACUGCACAACACCACUGCUCUCCACGAGGCAGUUCUGCUUGGAUUGGAGGGAGAAGAGUGCAUCCGAGUCCUGCUACGCUGCAAUGCAAGCAUAGAAAAGAAGAAUGCAAAAGGGCAAUCGGCAUACGAUUUGGCUGUUACAGCUGGAAAAAAUGAAGUUAUUUCUUUGUUUGCUAGUAAGCUUGGACAGGGAACACUGGACAAACUUGCAAAACCCAGGAACACUGGUCUCAUCAGUGUGUGA